AUGAGCGAUGACGAAGAAAAGUUUCGAAUGGGCGGCCGCCAUCGUGGUAGCAAACGGGGUUGGCAAGGAAGUAGCAUGGAGAUGGAGCAUCAACAAGAUUCAAGUCGAAACAAAAAGAGCAAGAAUGUAGCUGCCACAGAUAAGCAACAAUUUUACAACACGGAGGUGGGAGUGGGGUACCAAGCAAAACAUGUGAUGCGACAGCCAUCCAAAAGGGAUCCUAAAAACAAGGUAGUAGACAUGACGGGAGGAAAGGAUUUCAAGAGUGAAAAAAAACGGCCCGAGACAAAGAAGUUUGAGAACGUGAUCGAGUGCAAAGGGUUGCGGGACUUUCGACGAGAGAUUGAGAAGAUUUUGAAUUCUGUGAAAAAUGACAAAUGA